AGUCCUGAUGAGAGAGCAGUGAAACUGUGAAAGAGAAGCUCCCUGGAAUGAGAAGCAACCAUAUAAAUGUGCAGAGUCGCCAACUUCAACGCCUUCCUUAAAUCGUCUCGCGUUUCUUCCUCGCUCCAAUUUCUAGAUUCUCUUCGUCUCGAAGAUCUCGUUUCAUGUUUUGAAACUCAGAUCUUCUCGUUACCUAUCAGAUCUGACACAAAUUUCUAAUGAGUCGUCCAAAAAUGGAGUCUUUUCGCGAGUUUAGUUUGUGGGUAUUGGCUUUCUGCUUGGUAUUCCAAUUGGGGUAUGGAUUCUACCUCCCUGGGAGUUAUCCACACAAGUAUGGUGUAGGUGAUGAGUUGUCGGUUAAGGUGAAUUCUCUUACUUCAAUUGACACAGAGAUGCCCUUUAGCUAUUACAGCUUGCCAUUUUGCAAGCCUGAGGGUGGUGUCAAGGAUAGUGCUGAGAAUCUGGGUGAGCUCCUCAUGGGGGAUCGGAUCGAAAACUCGCCUUAUAAGUUCAAGAUGUACACCAAUGAGUCUGAGAUUUUCCUGUGUCAGGUUGAUAAGUUGUCUGAUGAACAGUUCAAGAUCUUGACAAAGAGGAUUGAUGAAAUGUAUCAGGUGAAUCUGAUACUUGAUAACUUGCCUGCUAUCAGGUUUACAAAGAAGGAUGAGUACUUUUUGAGGUGGACUGGGUACCCUGUUGGUAUCAAGAUUCAGGAUGUGUAUUAUCUGUUUAACCAUCUCAAGUUCAAUGUUCUUGUCCAUAAGUAUGAGGAACCUAAUGUCGCUCGUGUCAUGGGGACGGGCGAUGCGGCCGAGAUGAUCCCGCCAGUGGGUAAGGAGGGAUCUGACAAGCCUGGAUACAUGGUUGUUGGGUUUGAGGUGAUACCUUGCAGCAUUAUGCAUAAUGCUGAUUCAGUUAAGAACUUGAAGAUGUAUGGCAAGUAUCCAUCACCUGUCAAGUGUGAUCCGGCCACUGUGGGUAUGCCUAUCAAGGAAGGGCAGCCAGUUGCGUUUACUUAUGAGGUUACCUUUGAGGAGAGUGACAUCAAGUGGCCGUCUAGAUGGGAUGCCUACUUGAAGAUGGAGGGAGCCAAAGUGCACUGGUUCUCUAUCCUCAAUUCGCUUAUGGUGAUCACUUUCCUUGCUGGUAUUGUUCUUGUGAUCUUCCUGAGGACUGUUAGGAGGGAUCUGACCCGAUAUGAGGAGUUGGAUAAGGAGGCCCAAGCACAGAUGAAUGAGGAGUUAUCUGGUUGGAAGCUUGUUGUGGGGGAUGUGUUUCGUGCUCCGUCGAAUCCUGCUUUGUUGUGUAUAAUGGUUGGGGAUGGAGUUCAGAUUCUUGGGAUGGCUGUUGUGACAAUAUUGUUUGCUGCACUUGGAUUCAUGUCACCAGCUUCUCGUGGAACACUUAUCACAGGUAUGAUAUUUUUCUACCUGAUACUUGGUAUUGCUGCUGGUUAUGUUGCAGUUCGGCUAUGGAGGACAAUUGGCUGCGGCGAUCAGAAGGGCUGGGCUUCAGUUGCUUUUAAGGCCGCAUGUUUCUUCCCCGGUAUUGCAUUUUUUAUCCUCACAAUCUUGAACUUCCUGUUGUGGGGAAGCCACAGCACUGGAGCCAUUCCAUUUUCACUAUAUGUUAUACUGCUCUUGCUUUGGUUUUGCAUUUCUGUCCCCCUCAGCCUUGUUGGUGGGUACUUUGGGGCAAGGGCACCUCACCUUGAGUACCCGGUUCGAACCAAUCAAAUUCCACGAGAAAUUCCCCAGCAGAGGUACCCAUCAUGGCUUUUGGUUCUCGGCGCGGGCACCCUUCCAUUUGGCACCCUCUUUAUUGAGCUAUUCUUCAUCAUGUCCAGUAUCUGGAUGGGACGCGUUUACUAUGUCUUUGGCUUCCUCUUCAUUGUUUUGAUCCUUUUGGUGGUUGUUUGUGCCGAGGUUUCACUUGUUCUAACCUACAUGCACCUCUGUGUGGAGGACUGGAAGUGGUGGUGGAAGUCAUUCUUUGCCUCUGGUUCCGUUGCCAUUUACAUCUUUUUGUACUCCAUAAACUAUCUCGUAUUUGAUCUUAAGAGUUUGAGUGGACCUGUAUCAGCAACCCUUUACUUGGGGUAUUCACUCCUCAUGGUUCUGGCAAUCAUGUUCACCACAGGAACAGUUGGGUUCCUCUCUUCAUUCUGGUUUGUGUAUUACUUGUUCUCUUCGGUCAAGUUGGAUUGAAGACCUUAACACAAGGUUCAAAGUUUAGCUCUGCAGAGAAGAGUUAUCCUUGACAAUGUUCAGUUUAUAUGUUACUUUAUUUCAGUUCAUUUUGUUAGGGAAAUUAGUAUAUUUUUACAACGGAAUAAUUUUAUCAAGUUUUGCCUAAUUCAUGGUUAGAUAUUAUAUCAAUGCAUGAUAAGUUUCUUUCCA